ACACCACCCAGGAGAGCACCAGAAGGCAUGAUAGAAGGAUUGAAUCUAUAGAGCACACACUGGCACUCAGAAACAUGACCCUGGCUGAUUUGGAGGAGUACGUAAAACAGCAAGAGUGCUCAAGUUACGAUGGCCAACUGUUGUGGAAGAUUCCUGAUUAUGCUCGCAAACGAAAUGACGCAGUGACAGGCCAGCAAGUCUCUUUCGAUAGCCCUUGCUUUUACACCAGUCGUCACGGCUACAAAAUGUGCGCCCGCAUUUACCUGAACGGGGAUGGAAUAGGAAAAGGAACGCACAUCUCGAUCUUCUUUGGGGUCAUGCGCAGUCAGUAUGACGCGCUUCUCCGCUGGCCAUUCAGACAGAAGGUCACCUUCAUGUUGCUGGACCAGGAUAACGUGGAACACGUGAUUGACGCCUUCAGACCCGAUCCGAACAGCUCAUCCUUUCAGAGGCCAAGAAAAGAAACAGACAUCACCAGUGGGUGUCCAAUGUUCUGCUCGCUUGCUGAGCUGAAUAAUCACGCAUAUGUCAGGGACGACACCAUGUUUGUAAAGGUUAUUGUAGAUACGAAUGAUCUGUAAUUAAUAUUAGACCUGUAGGACAAAUUUUUUAGUGUGGGGUUGCCUUAAAAUAGCAUCGGGAUCAAAUAUGGACUCGGGCGAUCAGGGACAAAUUUAGACGGGCUUUUUUUAAUGAUAGACAGCAUUUACUCAGAUUAUGCAGCUCCGAUGCCGCAGUAAUAACUUCAAGGGUUAAUUUCGAACAAAAAUGAUGAACUCUCAAGAGCAACCAGCACAGAGUAAUAUUUGAUAAUAUCAUUAGCGGUCAGUAUGAUGCAUUACUCCACUGGCCAUCGGGAGCGUCUUCAAUAUUUCGUUGAUUUCAUUACCUCUACUCGUAUAGACAUACAGGUAACGCCCAUUUGAAAGAAUUCUUAAGCUCUUGAUGGAAGUUCAUUAUACAAGCCCUAAACCUCUGUAACAACUCCAUACUAUCAUAUCAAAUUUGUGCCAAGUGAAAAAAAUUACUUAGGAUCAGAAAGUAAGGCCACACAACAAAGUAUUUGAGACACUUGGGGGGCCAUCGGGAUAGGGUUAAAAAUUUUCAUCCAACAAGGCAUAUGAUAUUUGUAAUAUUGAAAGUCGUUCACUCAGUUCCAUGGUGUUUUACACCAUUGAUUAACAUCAUUGUUUGUUUGUUCUGGUGACUUUCAUUCUUAGUGAGUGGUAACCAACUCAACAAGAAAAAACAUAAAAGAAAAUUUCGUCAUCGUCUCAGUCGAUCCUAAUACUCAGUGAGCAUCGAGUGAGGUUUUAAAAGUUAUGGUCGUAAAGGCAAAGCCUGAAGAAAGGUCCAUUGUCAUCGUAAUUUUUUAUAGCUAACCCUUUAACUCCCAGAAGUGAUUAACAUAAACUUCUCCCUUCAAUAUCCACACAUUCUUCAGCAAACAGGUAAUGAGAAUAUUCAAACUUAUCAGGUAGAAGCUGCUAUCUUGAUCUAGCACUAAAUUCUCAUAACUAAUUUACAAGGAAAUGUGUGGCAGCUACAGGGGAGAAUUAACAAUCA